CAGCACUAGCCGCUGCGCCUCCGCCCCCUAACUCGUCAGACGCACGUAGAAACGUAGAUAGUCCUGACAGACAGGACGCCGCAGCCGCUAGAUAUCAGAUGCAAAACAAGUAAAUGGCAGGUCGCAAAGGCAUUGAGACAGCGGGAUUUACUAAUUACCUGCCUGGACCAGAGCGCUGCGUACUGCCAUAUGCUGAAUGAAUUGAUUGAUCCGGUGGCAUCCCGCACCUAGCUGCUAAUCCGGCCCUCAUCAUACCCCUGGGCAUAGGGGCGCUCAAUAGAAAGCAGACCGAAAGUAACAUUGCUUGCACGACAUUCCCCGGUGUUACUGUCUACUUACAGCUGCACUUUAUGUCUAAAUUGAUACUUAUAAGGAGCGAUUUGCAGUUCUGCUCAUGUAUCUACAGACAUGACUCCUCUAUGAGAACACUUACUGCUGCUUAACCAGGACAAGGAGACCGCUUCUCAAAGUUAAAAGUGGACUAGUAAAAAAAUGUUGGUUUUGAGAGACGUGGGGAUACCCCAGGCCUUGCUUUAGCAUAUGUGCUGGAGCCAUAAGACUGACUGUUUUCAUUGGUAAAGCCAGGCACCAUGUAUUUUUUAAGUGGGUGGCCAAAAAGGCUGCUAUGUCCACUAAAAACUGUGGAGAAGCCAUUUCACAUUCAGCCAGACUCCCAGAGGAUAUUUUUCUCGGUGUUGUCCCAGACACAACUCAGUAUUUGGUACAGCAGGCCCAGCGUAUUAAUAGCCAGUUACAAAGAGUCUGCAAAAGCAACAGCACAGUUUGGAAAUUAUAAACAAGCAGAAUGGAGACCAGACAGCAGCAUGAUUGUCAUUGCAACUGCCAAUGGAUACAUUUUGUUUUUUGACAUCAUACCAGUGGGAGAAGACAAGUAUCUGUACGAGCCUGUGUAUCCUAAAGGUAGUCCCCAUAUAAAGCUCAACCCCCAUUAUAAGGAAGAACAAUGUGCUCCGGCGUUAAAUUUAGAAACCAAAAAAGUAAUGGAUUUGCAAGCUUCCAUCACAAGUAUCCAGUCCAUGAUGGAAGAUCUCCUGGUGGCCACAGAGGAUGGCUUGCUUCAUAUUAUUCACUGGGAAGGCAUGACAAAUGGCAGGAAAGCGAUCAACCUUACAACAAUACCAUUCUCUAUCGACUUUCAACCUUCCAGAGCAGGUUCAUUCUUGGAUUUUGGGGAUGUGCACAUACGAGACAUGGAGUACUGUGCUACACUUGAUGGGUUUGCUGUUGUGUUUAAUGAUGGACGUGUUGGCUUCAUCACACCAGGAUCAAAUCGUCUCACAGCUGAUCAAAUCCAUGGUGUUUGGGCACCGGAUGUUGUUGAUGGAACCUGCGUUGCAGUGAACAACAAAUAUAGGUUAAUGGCAUUUGGUUGUGUAGGUGGAUCUGUUCUAGUCUUCACUAUAGACAACACCACAGGGGCCUUGCAGUUGUCCCAUAAAUUGGAACUUACACCAAAGCAGUAUCCAGAUAUGUGGAAUAAGACUGGGGCUGUGAAGCUGAUAAGGUGGUCUCCUGAUUGCAGUGUUGUUAUGGUGACCUGGGAGUGUGGAGGCCUGUCCUUAUGGAGUGUAUUUGGUGCACAUCUUAUAUGUACUCUAGGAGGGGAUUUUGAUUACCGAGCUGAUGGUACCAAAAAAGAGGCUUUGAGAAUUUGCUCUAUGAGCUGGGGUACUGAGGGUUACCAUUUGUGGGCAAUCACUGCUGACUCUUCUCAAAACACUGGCUAUGAGAUGAGUGAUAAGUCUGUUCCCCAGCAAUCUGGAAUCCUGCAGUUUCAGUUCAUCAAAAGCGCCCUUACUGUGAAUCCAUGCAUGAGUAACCAGGAGCAGGUUCUCUUACAGGGGGAGGACCGUUUGUACUUGAACUGCGGGGAUGCGACUCAGACACAGAAUGCAAGGAACGGUUCAUCUCAGUCUGAGCACAAGCCUCUGAGAGACAGGAGUCCUUUCCCUGGUAGCAGUGGGAAUUCUCAAGGAUUAAGCACUUUACUGGGACACAGACACUGGCAUGUAGUACAGAUACAGAGUACCUAUCUGCAGAGUAACUGGCCCAUUCGGUACACUGCCAUAGACAAGGUUGGGCAGAAUGUUGCAGUUGUUGGCAAAUUUGGAUUUGCGCAUUAUUCUUUGCUCACCAAAAAAUGGAAGUUAUUUGGUAAUAUCACCCAGGAGCAGAACAUGGUGGUGAGUGGAGGACUGAGCUGGUGGAAGGAAUUUAUUGUCCUAGCCUGUUUUAAUUUAAGCGAGCAACAGGAAGAGCUACGUGUAUAUCUGCGAACAUCCAAUCUGGACAAUGCCUUUGCUCAUGUCAUCAAAGUACAAUUGGAAACUCUGUUGCUCAGCAUCUUUAGAGACAUGGUGAUCAUCUUUCGAGCAGACUGCUCAAUUUGCCUGUAUAGUAUUGAAAGGAAAAAAGAGGGCCCUAAUCCUUCUGUGUGUUUACAAGUCUUGCAAGAGGUGUCCAUGUCACGUUACAUUCCCCACCCUUCACUUGUAGUGUCAGUUACUUUAACGUCUGUGAGAACAGAGACGGGUAUCUCCCUAAAAAUGCCCCAGCAGGCAUGUGAUGCGGAAAGCAUUUUGUUGAAUCUAGCUGGUCAGCUGAUCAUGCUGCAAAGAGAUAGGUCUGGCCCUCAGAUUCGAGAAAAAGAUGCCAAGACCCAUCAGCAUAAACUAUUACCUUUUUGUGCUCCCGUUGUCCUUGCACAGUCUGUAGAAAAUGUUUGGAGCACCUGUCGGGCCAACAAACAGAAACGUCACCUUUUGGAAGCUCUCUGGCUGAGCUGUGGCGGAGCAGGCAUGAAAGUAUGGCUUCCUUUGUUUCCCAGGGAUCACCGUAAACCACAUUCCUUCCUGUCCAAACGCAUCAUGCUGCCUUUUCACAUAAAUAUUUACCCACUGGCUGUUCUGUUUGAAGAUGCCCUUGUUCUUGGAGCCAUCAAUGAGACUGUUGCAUAUGACUGUUUAAAUAACCUCAGCACUUCCAGUGAACAUUUAGAAGUCCAUUUUCCCUUCUGUAUUGUGGAGAGGACAUCCCAGAUCUACCUCCAUCACAUUUUACGUCAGCUUUUAGUCAGGAACUUAGGGGAGCAGGCCCUGCUUCUGGCACAGUCAUGUGCUGCUCUUCCUUAUUUUCCUCAUGUACUAGAACUGAUGCUCCAUGAAGUACUGGAAGAAGAAGCUACCUCACGGGAGCCUAUUCCCGACCCUUUGCUUCCCACUGUGGCUAAGUUCAUUACAGAGUUUCCACUUUUCUUGCAAACGGUUGUACAUUGUGCACGGAAGACAGAAUAUGCCCUGUGGAAUUAUCUUUUUGCUGCUGUUGGUAAUCCCAAGGAUUUGUUUGAGGAGUGCCUAAUGGCUCAGGACCUAGAAACAGCUGCCUCUUAUCUCAUCAUCCUCCAGAACAUGGAAGCAGCUGCCGUUAGCAGGCAGCAUGCUACCCUUCUGUUUAAUACUGCUUUGGAGCAAGGGAAAUGGGAUCUCUGCAGACACAUGAUCAGGUUCCUGAAAGCUAUUGGAUCUGGGGAAAUGGAAACCCCACCUGCCACUCCCACCACACAGGAACCAAGUUCCACUGGUGGCUUUGAAUUCUUUAGGCACCGCAGUAUCAGUUUAUCUCAGUCUGCUGAGAAUUUUCCUUCUGGAAAGUUUAACCUCCAAAAAACCCAUAGCAUGCCCUCUGGAGCUGCUGGAAAACGGUGGAGUAAAGACAGUGACUGUGCAGAGAACAUGUACAUUGACAUGAUGCUGUGGAGGCAUGCUCGGCGACUUCUGGAAGAGAUCCGUCUUAAAGACCUUGGUGGUUUUGCUGCACAGCUAGGGUUUGAGCUUAUUGGCUGGCUAUGUAAAGAGCGCACACGUGCUGCCCGUGUUGAAGACUUUGUCACUUCCUUGAAAAAGCUUCAUAAGGAUUUCCUUUGGCCCUUCCCGGUGAUUCCAGUCGCAUCAAUUAAUUCUCCCUUUAAAAAUGGAAAGUUCAGGACAGCAGUCGGUGAACAGUUCUUGAAAUCCCAGUCAGCUGAUGGCUUCCUGAACAUGGAUGUAGAGACUCCCAUUCCCAGUGCUGUUCGUAGUCAUAGUUGGAUGGGCAGCUUGGGUACAUCUCAGAGAGAGAUGGACAGUACCUCAUCCCACAGUCCCCAUACCCAAGAUGCUUUCCUGUCCCCUCUAAUGAAUAAAGCAGAUGAAUGCAGUAUUGGCUCGGCAACUGACCUGACAGAGACGAGCUCCAUGGUUGAUGGGGACUGGACAAUGGUAGAUGAGAAUUUCUCUACCUUGAGUUUGACACAGUCAGAGCUUGAGCACAUUUCAAUGGAACUUGCUAAUAAAGGACCUCACAAGUCACAAGUUCAGCUGCGAUACUUGCUACAUGUAUUUAUGGAAGCAGGCUGCCUGGAAUGGUGUGUGAUAAUUGGCCUGAUACUUAGGGAAUCUUCAGUCAUAAACCAGGUAAUAAACCUGCUGCAGUGUCCAGAGGUGGCAGAAGAGAUGUUGCAAGGAAUACAAAGUGGGCUGCAAGCUGUGGAUGUUUGGGCUACCACAGACUGCCCUGGGUACAAACCAUUUCUUAACAUCAUUAGGCCUCCACUGCAAAAACUCAGUGCAACGACUGUGGAGCAGGUACAGACUGAAGCCUUCCAACCAACUAUCCCUAUCAAAUUUACAGAGCAAUCCAGUCCCUGCAUUGAAGAAAGUCGCAUCUCUACAAGUCACAGUAUCAGCCCUCAAAGUGACACCAGCAGUGUUAGUGGCAGCCGGCAUGAAGAGGACUUUUCAAGACAAGAAAAAGAUGAAACUUCCCAAGAAGGGAACUAUGAUUGUAUUGUUUCCUAGCAAACAGACACGAUGUGAAUUGAAAAUUGGAGCAGUAUUACUGACUUCUUUGCCAGUGGUGAUUGCACUGUGACAAACAUUGGAUUGGGUGUGGGCACACCACCCAUUUGGUUGGUUUCCAAGAAACCAUCACUUUAAAGAAAAUUUAAAGCCUUAUUAUUCCUACUUGUGUCUUGAGAUUUAUUUUUAAUUUUUAUUGUUCAAAAGCUUUUGGGCAAAUACUUUCAUAUCCAAGAAGCCAAUGUGAUGAUUACCAAAAAAAGAUUAGUAGAUGGCAUCAAGGUGUGCAUUGUUUGUCACUGUGCUGUGGAGAUUAUGCUGGAAAGAACCACCUGGCUGGUUAAUAAGCCUUCUAGUUUUUUCUUUCUACUUGUGUCCAGCAAUACACACUGCUAUAUCCCCACUUUAUUUUCACAGUUUACCACAUUCUUCUUUUUUGGUGGAGGCUCAAAUAACUAAGCACAAAAAUGUGUACUAGUAGUAGUAAAAAUGUAUACUAGAAUUUCCCCAGAUUGCUGUUCCAGUGGUGUGUUGUGUUACAAAGAAAGCUUUUGAUGACACAUAUCUUAUUCUUUACUAUUAAGGGCUGCGCCCAUCUAUUCAAUUUCCAGCACACGAGACAGGAGGUUAUUUGCUCACAACUGUCUAUCCAUGGACUUAAGCAGGCCAUUCACACACUUGUUCUUUUUAGUACUUUAUCCUACAAUUUCAAUCUGAAUGUUAGCUUUUAGAUCUUUGCACUUAAACAUACGAUCAAUAUCCGAAUGUUUGUCGGAAGAAGACUACAUUCAGAACAUGUACGGCCAGCGUUAAGUUGGUCAUACACAGGCAGAUUUAAGCUGCUGAUUAGAGUCCCUCAGACCGAAUCACCAGCUUAUCUGCCAAUGUAUGGGGCCCCCCUGGCAGAUAUCUUGGCAAAAAUCAAACGGAUAUCAAUCGAGUAGGUUUGAUUUUCCCAUCAGAUUGGGGACUGUAUUGUUGAUGAGGUCCUUACUCUGACAGCUCCUAUUCCCGUUGUUGUAAUCUGAUCAUUUGGCCCGAGGUCCAGACAAUCGUAUUACUCCUAUAUUGUCCACCUUAGCCACACAUAUUAGGGGACAGAUAUGCUCAUUUGGCAACCUUGCCAAACAUGCAGAUCUUAGUGUAUGGCCAACUUUACAUGGUUGGUUGCCCUGACUCUGUGGUUGCAAUGGCAAGUCAUUUAAUUAUUGCUCAAAAACAUGGCAAUUAUAGCUUUUGGAUUAUUAGCUGAUUCUCUUUUGCCUAAGCAGGGUCAGGGUGAUAACCAUGUAAGUCAGUGAAUGGGUAAUUGCAAAUGUUUUGCCUCCCACCAAGCUGGAAAUUACUUGGAUGGUAAAUGCUCCAUAUCAUGCCUUGUGCCAUAUAACUAAGAGGGGAGAGGGUAAAAAAGUUUUUGUUUGACCCCAAACUACAUCAGUUUCUAACAAGCUGUUAGCAGUGUUUGUUGCACCUCAGUGCUACAGAUGGGGAUGCCCACUGACAAACUUGUCAUCAUUAUGCCUGCCCCUUACAGACUGAACUCGUUCUUCCUGUUAGAGAAUUUCAAAGGAGAGGAAAGCAGUUAACUACAUAUUGCAUUGCCCGGUGCUCUGUUUUUUUUUUUUUUUUUUGUGGAUCUGAAAGUGUUUGAUAUUUAAGAAAAAAACUGUAAAUAGUCUGUAUUUUUGUGAAUACUUCUCUGAAAACAUUAUUCUGGUUGUUGGUUAUUGUUUGCAGGCACAUCGAGGCUAGUACUGUGACUAGCUGGAAAGCCAUUUUUGCACUUGCAGUGGACAUAGACUUUUAUUGCAAUGGUUUAUCAGCAGCACUGUGCAUCGACAGGAUCGCAAUUUUAAAACUACUGUGACUGCACCAGAGCAGUCAUUCUGCAGUCUAGCUGGCAGCCCUUUUUUUAACAUGGUACAAUAAGGUCUUAUUUAUUGCCUUUGUACAAUACUACACACGGAAGCAGAAUUCCUUGUAAAUAAAUAUGUAAUCGUGUUCCAUAACUUGCUAUUUGCAAUGGGAAUUUGAAUGAUAAAAAUGUAUUUUUGAGCAUUUUUAUAAAGUGUAUUGACUUAAACUUUAUUUUAACUUUCAUAUAACAUGCCUGUUCCGACAGACUACAUGAAUUGCACAUGCUGUUAUUUUAUAACAGACUUAUUUGGGAGCCUUCCGACUUCUCCCAUUAUUUACCUUUUCCUAACCCAAUAUGUAAAUGCAAAGCGAAUCCCUUAACAGUAUUAAAAGAGGUUACCAAUGGAAUUGUACUGUGCAAUUUGAACAAAGUACAGUGUAUUAUUUUAUACCAGACAUACAUGUUUAUUUUUAUAAAGCAUAUAUUUAUCUAUUAAGUGGACCAAAGGUUUGGUCAUUGUAGCACCAUGGAGCCAGUUGGGAAACCUAGACAAUAUGCAGAAGAAGAGCUAUGAAAUAAUACAAGCGGCCUCUUAAAUAAUAGCAGUCUGCAGUUCUUGAUAUUUACAGAUUGUUAAACCCAUACCUCUGGAACAGACAUUUAAAAGGUUAACCAAACUUUAUAUAUAUAUUUUUUUGCUUCUUUUCUGUACUCUCAAAUAAUUUUUCAUUAGCCCAGAACCAUGAGAAGCCACCAUGUUUAGUGCAGCAGUUAAAUGGUAGGGUAUAAUUCUCCCAGUAAUGCCUUACCACUGUUAGCCAUGCAGAACAAUAAGCUUAUAUAUUUAUAUCUAUUGCUUUUGUGGUUAAACAGAUAUUCAUUGCAGUACCAUAAAGCUGGCCACUCGUGGUGCAACAGGUGUAAAGCAAUUUUCCCAUUUCAAUCAUUGCUUUGUGAGGUGGAACUCUGGAGCAAAACUGGCCCAAGCUUUAUUAAAUGUAUUCUUCCUGACUUCCAAGUCUUUGCAUAUUUAACAACAAGGGCAGUUGCACAGGUUUUUACUUCAGCAAGGAUCAUUCUGUGGCAUGUUGCAGAAUCUGAAGGCACUGUUAGACCUACAUCAUGUGACUUGUAGUAGUCUGCAAUAAAUGUUUUCUAUUGGGUACAUCUCACUGGCUAUACAAAUUGCAGCAGAGACCUAUCCCCCUAGCUGAUUGUAUUUUCAGCUUGAUUACAAGCUGUUCACUCCAAGUUGCCCGUGGCAUUAACUUUUCUUUCUUUUCAUUACUUGUAUUGUAUAAAAUAACUGGGUCACACCAAGGGUGUUUUUUACGUCUCUUAAGGACCUCUAAACUGAGCCAACAAUGGGUCCAUUUAUUUUCAAACUGGGCUAUCACUAACAUUCAAUUGUUCUCAGAAAAUAUUUUUUCUUCAGUAGCAGUUAGCUCCAAUGUUCAGUUUUUAGUCUUCAGCUUUUUAAUAGGUGUUCCAUAAAGGAAUCUGAAGCCCCAUGAGAUGAUUGUGUGCAUUUAGGCCACAUACAUGGAUACUUUGUACUAAUGUAAAGGGAAGCUGGGCAGGAGUCCAUGGUUAAAGCCAUAGGGAAGCACAAAGGCCAUUACAGGUUCUGGAAUCUCCCUACAGGCUACAAAUAAGGGAUGGGCUACUUAUAAUUGAAGCGAAGGCAUUUUGUUUCAGCAGUCCAGUAACUAUUGCAGUUAUUAGAUAGAUGUCAAAUGUCAUAGCUAUUAAAUGUACAUAGAAUAUAAACCAUUUCAUAAAAUGCAGCUUUUAGUGGUUUUCACUAAGACUGGAUGGCCCAAAAUGGCAGAAAGUAUAUUGGGAUCUCACUUAAUGUCCUUCAGUUACAACUUGCUGUCCCUUCUAUGGUGCAUAGUGUUCCAGCAUGCAACAGAAUGGGCCCUGCUGAAAUGUAAUGGGGACCAGUGUCUAUACCCUUCAAGACUCGGAACUCACACAAGAUACAUAUAAUAAGGUCCACAGUUAGGGCUUCUGAGAAAAUACCAUCUUUAAACCCAUAAGAUGGGAUUGUGAUAUGUGGCCUGCAUUAUAAGCUACUGACCAUAUU